AUGACGUUCCACGUCGGCCUCUCCUGCGUCCUGUGGUGUCUCCUCGUCGUCGGUGAUGAUGCCCGGGCAUCCAGCAAUGAUCAGGACAAGCCCACCGCCAGACCCGUAUUCAGCAGUCGCCCCUUCAUGGUGGCAUGGAAUGCACCCACCCAGGACUGUCCGACGCGUUUCGACAUACCGUUUGACCUGCGGCUCUUUGACCUCAACGCCUCCCCCAAUUUGGGGUUCACGAGGCAAAACCUCACCAUCUUCUACAAGGAGCGCCUGGGGUUCUACCCUUCCAUCACCGAGCGCAACGUUUCCAUCAAUGGAGGCGUGCCGCAGAACGCCAGCCUGCGGGCCCACCUGGACGAGAUGCCGAAGGGGAUCAACAAAUACAUCCCGGAAGCCGAUAAGGAGAAGGACGGACUGUCGGUCAUCGACUGGGAGGAAUGGCGUCCCAUUUGGAUCCGGAACUGGCAGGCGAAGGACAUUUACAGGCAGGUCUCGCGGCAGCUGGUGAAUUCUCGCCAUCCCAACUGGACGAGCGAGGACCAGGUCAGGCAAGCUCAAUAUGAAUUUGAGAACGCUGCCCGCGAGUUCAUGGCGGAAACGCUGCGAUACGGCAAAAACUUUCGACCCCGACAGCUGUGGGGGUAUUACCUGUUCCCGGAUUGUUACAAUCACGACUAUCAGACCAACUGGGACAGUUAUACCGGCAAGUGCCCCGACGUGGAGAUCUCGCGGAAUGACAAGUUAUGGUGGCUGUGGGAGGAGAGUACCGCCCUUUUCCCAUCCAUCUACCUGGACCCCAUGCUGACUUCUUCCUCAAAUGGACGCAAGUUUGUUCACCACCGCGUGAAAGAGGCCAUGAGGAUCGCCUACAAACACCACCGAGACUACUCCGUCCCCGUCUUUGUGUAUACGAGGCCCACCUACAUGAAAAGGCUGGACUUCCUCUCCCAGGAGGAUCUCAUCUCCACCAUUGGGGAGAGUGCUGCGCAAGGGGUGGCCGGAGUAAUAUUUUGGGGUGAGGCAGAAUACACCAAAAAUAAGGAAACCUGCCAGAAGAUCAAGUCCUAUGUGGAUGAGGAUUUGGGUCGCUACAUUGUGAAUGUCACCACCGCGGCGUCUCACUGCAGCCAGGCGCUGUGCGACGGGAACGGACGCUGCCUGCGCAAAGAAAACAUCACCGACGCCUUCCUGCACCUCAACCCCGCCAGUUUCCGCAUCGUGACGGCCAGCACGCCCACGUCCAACGCCUCUGUUCCUAUCUGGGCGGAGGGUCGGCUCUCGCCGGGGGACGUGGCCCUUCUGAAGACUCAGUUCCGCUGUCAGUGUUACAUUGGCUGGCACGGGGGCUCCUGCAGCCUCCAGAAUAGUACCUAUAAAAUCGCGGGAGCCGCAGAGCUCUUCUAUGGCCGCGUAUGGUUGUGGUUAUUAUUGGCUUCCGUUCUCAUGCUGCUUUAA